CAUGAUUCGCGACAAGGAAUGAAGGAGUUUGUUUCCGAAAUCGUGAGCAUGGGAAGGUUAAGGCAUAGGAACUUGGUGCAGCUCCUUGGCUACUGCAGGCGACAGAAGCGAAGAAUUCGGAUUUGGUAUUGGGAGAUACAGUAUGAUUUUUCUUACGAUUCAUUCAUUUCUAAUUUCUCUUUCUGCUGAUUUGCCGUGAAGAGGAACCGGGUUAAUCGUGGUUUAAAGUUAGUUUGUGAAAAUUGGGGAAUGGAAGCAGUAGCUGAAGGGCUGUGGGGACUAGCAGAUUACCAUGAGAAGAAGGGAGAGAUUGGGAAGGCGGUGAAGUGCUUAGAGGCAAUCUGCCAGUCUCACGACUCCUUUCUUCCCAUCCUUGAGGUGAAGACUCGACUCCGAAUAGCCACUCUUCUGCUGCGCCACUCGCACAACGUUAACCAUGCCAAGUCCCACCUCGAACGCUCACAGUUGCUCCUCAAUUCCAUACCUUCUUGCUUCGAUUUGAAGUGUCGAACCUACUCACUGCUCAGCCAGUGCUACCAUCUCGUUGGUGCCAUCCCUCCUCAGAAGCAGAUCUUGCACAAGGCUCUACUCCUUACUUCUGCGGCGGCUCCCGAUUUGUCGGUGAAGUUAUGGUGUUGUAACUUCAAUUAUCAGCUGGCAAACGCUCUGAUUAUUGAAGGAGACUAUCAGAACUCAAUCUCCACUUUAGAAUCAGGUUAUGAAAUCGCUACUCAAAUUUGCUAUCCGGAGCUUCAGAUGUUCUUCGUGACUUCUAUUCUGCAUGUCCGCCUCCUUAUGCAAUGGGAUGAUCAAACUGCAAACGAGGUUGAGCUAGCUCUUCAGCGUUGCGAUCAGGUCUGGGAGACUAUGCCCUCAGAUAGGAGAGCCCAUUGUUUGGGUUUACUCUUCUACAAUGAGCUUCCUAUCUUCUACCGACUUCAUAACUCUGAUUACAAGAAUGCUAUCAAACACGUGGACAAAUUGGAUGCUGCUAAGAAGCAAGAUUCCAAGAACAUGCACCAACAGACUUCAACUGGAAAUGAUUCCCUCAAACCCACAUAUUUUGGAAAUAUCAAACGGGCACUGCAAGAUAAGCUUUUCCUCGCACCACCUCCCAUUAAUGGGGAAUGGCUGCCAAAAAGUGCUGUCUAUGCCCUUGUUGAUCUUAUGGUCAUCAUAUUCGGCCGUCCAAAAGGAAAUUUCAAAGAUUGUGAUAAAAGAAUUCAGUCUGGAAUGCAUAUCAUCAAAGAGGAACUGGUCAGGCUUGGGAUAACUGAUGAUGUGAGAGAAGUGGAUUUGAAACAUUCAGCAAUCUGGAUGGCUGGUGUAUAUUUAAUGUUAUUGAUGCAGUUCCUUGAAAAUAAAGUUGCUGUGGAGCUUACACGGUCUGAAUUUCUUCAAGCUCAAGAGGCAUUGGUGCAAAUGAAGAACUGGUUCGUUCGCUUUCCAACAAUUUUACAGGCCUGUGAGAGCAUCAUUGAGAUGCUUAGGGGGCAAUACUCCCAUUCUGUUGGUUGUUAUGAUGAAGCAGCUUUUCACUAUGUAGAAGCUGCAAAGAUAACUGAGAGCAAAUCAAUGCAAAUCAUGUGCCAAGCUUAUGCAGCCAUUUCAUUCUUUUGUAUUGGUGAUGCUGAAUCAUCUUCACAGGCGCUUGAUUUAAUUAGACCAGUUUACAGAAUGAAGGAUUCCUUUAUUGGGGUUCGAGAGGAAGCAAGCAUCCUUUUUGCUUAUGGCCUUCUAUUGAUGAAGCAGCAAGAUCUGCAGGAAGCACGAAAUCGGCUGGCCAAGGGUUUGCAGAUUGCUCAUGUUCAAAUGGGAAACCUUCAGCUUGUUUCUCAGUACCUGACCAUUCUUGGGAAUUUGGCUCUUGCUCUACAUGACACUGGACAAGCCAGAGAGAUCCUAAGAUCCUCGCUCACUUUGGCGAAGAAGCUCGGUGAUAUCCCAACUCAGAUAUGGGUUCUGUCUGUUUUGACAGAUUGACAAAGUAAAACUUCAAGUUCAUCAAUAUCAUGAGAUCGAUGUGAAGCGUACAAUGGGAGGCGAAUCUAUGAGAGUGAA